AUAAAAACAGCGUAACAAGAUGGACGCUAAAACUUUGUAAUCAAUUGAACAUCUACUUCACUUAAAUUAUUAAAGAAAUUAAUAUUUUUAUUGAAAUAUUAGCGAAUUUAAUUUAAAAUUAAUUUCUAAGAAAUCUUUAAUUGUGUACAUAAAUAUAAAUUAAUUGACAGUGUUGUUAUGACUGAAUAAGUGUUAUGAAGAUGAAUUUCGUAAUCGUUCUACUGGCUGCCGCGAUUGCCGCGACUGCCGCACAGGAGCAGCCGAGCAAGGCCUUGAACAAUACUAUACUGAGCAUCUUCAAUUCCGCGCCCUCAACCCUGCAGCCAACGGAAGGAACCAGCUCGCCCGCUUCAACGAUUGACCUCUCUGUAUUCUUCACUACCGCUCCCACCACGACUGCGGCAUCGACAGAGCCAGUGGAAUGUACAACAUUUUACGGACAGAAAGGAGUAUGCGUCAGUUUCUUUCUGUGCACCUCGAAAAAUAACACGUUCGACCUCGGAAUUAACUCGUUGACGGACAAUAGAAUUUGCGCAACUUACACGGACGUGUGCUGCGUGUUUCCGGACCAAGCCAACGGGACUGCUGUCGUACCUGAGCUGGGAGCGCAACAAGAGCCUCCAGGGCAGGGCUGCGGCUGGCGGAACCCUGACGGAAUCGCUCUGGAGACAGAGUACCAAAGCGAGGAAGGCUUCAGCAAGUUCGGUGAAAUACCCUGGAUGGCUGUCAUUUUGCGAACUGAGCUCCGAUUCCCUGACGACCCCGAAAGUCAGAAGUUGUACGUAUACAUCGGCGGGGGAUCGCUCAUCCACCCGAGUGUGGUGCUGACCGCGGGCCACAUGUUGAACGAGUCCGUGUCCCUCACCGCCAGGGUCGGGGACUGGGACGCGAGGAACAUCGAGGAGGUGUUCACCCACCAGGACAGAAACGUCAAGAGCUUCAUCAUACACGAACAGUUUAACAGAAGGAAAUUUUUAUACGACGCCGCUCUACUUUUCCUUGAGUCGCCCGUUGAUCUGACUCCCAACGUGGGCGUCGCCUGCUUGCCGCCGCCCAUGGACUCUCCCGCUGCCAAGACCAAGUGCCUCGCCACCGGCUGGGGCAAGGACAAGUUCGGGAAGGAAGGGAGACACCGGGGCAUCAUGAAAAAGAUCGAGGUGCCGGUUGUCGAGAACCAGGUGUGCCAGCGCGAGCUCCGCAAGACGCGGCUCGGGAGGCUGUUCCAGCUCCACGAGUCGUUCAUGUGCGCGGGGGGGCAGCGCGGCCGCGACCCCUGCACCGGGGACGGGGGGUCGCCGCUCGUGUGCCCCAUGCCGAACCAAACGAACCGGUACUGGCAGUCCGGGAUCGUGUCCUGGGGCAUCGGCUGCGGGGAGCAGGGCACCCCGGGCGUGUACGUGGACGUCAGCAAGAUCCGCGCGUGGAUCGACGAGAAGGUCGCAGAAAACGGAUUCGACACGAAAGCUUAUCAACCUAAGAUUUGAAUUACGUAGCGUUCGAUUUCAAUAAAAAA